CAACAGAGAAGACCACACCUUAUAAAUCAGAAGGCACAGAAACAAUACUUUCAUCUACCUUAACACCAGAAAAUGUUGCUACAGCAACCACUUCUAAAUCAACCAUAGUUGAACCUUUAGAAACAACACCUACAAUAUUUGACCAAACAACCGUUUUACUCACUUCUUCAACUACAGCUAGAUCUUCAUCAACUACAGCAAUAACAGACAUGACCACACCUUUUAAACCCGAAAGCACAGAAACAAUAACUUCGUCUACUCCAACUACAGAAAAUCUAGCAACAAAAACCACUUCUUCAUCAACCACAGUUAAACCUUCAGAAAGACCCACUGGAUUAUUUGAGCAAACAACGCCUACACUCAGUUCAUCAACAACUACUGAAGUAAACGUUACCAGGGAGAAAUCAACGGCUACAACGGCUAUUACACCAACAAGCAAAUCUACAUUUACUUUGUCUGCUUCAAGAACAGAAAAUGUUGCUACAAUUACCACUGAUGCAACAACUACAUUUAGGACUGCAGAACCAACAACUGGAAUAUUCGGCAAAUCAACAUUUGGAGUCAGUUCAAAAACAACAGCUGAAGGUACCUCACCUAAGGUUACAACAAGGAUUAAUACACCAAAUACAACAACAAUUAAAGCUAUGUUUGAAUCCUCAGCCACAACUACAGAAAAUGCUGCCACAUUAACAACUGCUGCAUCAACCUCAUUUUUACCCGUUGAAUCUUCACCUGAAAUAUUUGACAAAACAACUGUUUUACUCACUUCACCAACAACAACUGCAGCCACUCAAACUUCAGGAACAUUAGGAAUUGCCACACCCAAUAUCCAAACAACAGCAGCAAUAGGUACUUUAUCUGUUGCAACAGAAAAUGUUGCUACAUUGACCACUGCGGCAAGAACUGCAUUUAAGACUGUAGAACCAACAACUAAAAUAUUGGGCCAAUCAACACUUGGAUUCAGUUCAAGAAUAACAGCUGAAGGUACCUCACCUAUAGUAACAACAAGGAUUAAUACACCAACAAGUACAGGUAUAAUGGAGUCAUCCAUCACAACAGCAGAAAAUGUUGCCACAUCAACCACUGCAUCAACCUAUAUUGAACCGGUAGAAACAACACCUGAAAUAUUUGAACAAACUACAUUUGAAGUCAGUUCAACAACAGCUGAAGUUACUGUUACUCAGGAAUCCUUAACGGCUUUAACACCUAAUACAACAACAAGCAGAGCAACAAUAACUUCGUCUGCUUCAAGAACAGAAAAUCUUGCUACAUUAAUUACAGCUGCAUCAACCACAUUUGAACCUGUAGAUACAUCAACAGUUUUCUCCAACAACAGUUCUAACUACCUUUGUUACAGCAACAUCAAGUCCAAGCACAACAAAACCCUCGACUGA